UAUAUGUACCUUGCUAAAAAGAUGUCCAGAAUAGACAAAGUAUAAGCAUUAGUCACUGUGUUUUUUUCAUUUUCAUUGUAAAGAUUUUCUUAGGGUUUUAGAAACAAUCAAGAUUAUUGGAGAAAAUGCAGAGAUUUGCAAGAAGUAGAGCCCCUAAACAAGCUAUUAACUGGCUAUGUUCAUCACUCAACCAAUCGAGAUCUUUCCAAACACCAUCAUUUGCUACCGUAGAUGCUGAAGGGAUCUCAGGCUCCCAACCUGCUGAAGUAAGCAAUUUGGUCCAGGGUAGCUGGACAAAGACAUCUAAUUGGAGUACAGUAUUGGAUCCGUUAAAUGGAGAACCGUUCAUUAAAGUUGCCGAUGUAGAUGAAACUGGGCUGCAGCCAUUUGUGGAGAGCUUAUCUAAGUGUCCGAAACAUGGCCUUCACAAUCCAUUUAAAUCUCCAGAAAGAUAUCUUAUGUUUGGAGACAUAUCGACGAAAGUGGCUCACAUGCUUUCACAACCUGAUGUUUCGAAUUUCUUCAUAAGGUUGAUACAACGGGUUUCUCCAAAGAGCUAUCACCAAGCCCAUGCGGAGGUUUUCGUAACCCAGAAAUUUUUUGAGAACUUUUGUGGCGACCAGGUUCGUUUUCUGGCAAGGUCUUUUGCAGUACCUGGGAAUCAUCUUGGGCAACAAAGUCAUGGUUUCCGUUGGCCAUAUGGUCCAGUUACAAUUAUUACUCCUUUCAAUUUUCCUCUGGAGAUUCCUGUAUUGCAAUUGAUGGGUGCACUUUAUAUGGGCAACAAAGUUCUUCUAAAAGUAGAUGGCAAGGUCAGCAUUGUGAUGGAGCAAACGCUACGGCUUCUCCACGAGUGUGGGUUAAGUAUGGAUGACGUUGACUUCAUCAAUUCUGAUGGAAAGACAAUGAACAAACUGUUGCUGGAGGCAAAGCCACAAAUGACUCUUUUUACCGGAAGCUCACGAGUAGCGGAGAAGUUGGCUGUUGACCUAAGGGGACGUGUUAAGUUGGAAGAUGCUGGUUUUGACUGGAAAAUCCUGGGCCCUGAUGUUCAAGAGGUCGAUUACACUGCAUGGGUUUGUGAUCAGGAUGCAUAUGCAUGUAGUGGCCAAAAAUGCUCUGCAACAUCAAUCCUUUUCAUGCAUGAGAACUGGGCGUCAAGUCCACUCAUUUCAAAAAUGAAGUCUCUUGCUGAAAGAAGGAAGCUAGAAGAUUUAACUGUUGGUCCAGUCCUUACUGUAACAACAGAAACAAUGCUCGGACACAUGAAGAAGUUGCUUGAGAUACCGGGAUCAAAGCUACUCUUUGGGGGUGAACCAUUAGAAAACCAUUCGAUUCCAAAUAUAUAUGGUGCUAUAAAGCCAACUGCUGUUUAUGUUCCCUGUGAAGAAAUAUUGAAGGAGGGCAAUUUUGAGCUUGUCACAAGAGAAAUUUUUGGACCAUUCCAGGUGGUCACUGACUAUAAAGAUGGCCAGCUACAAAUGGUCUUGGAUGCACUUGAGAAAAUGGAGGCACACUUAACUGCUGCAGUUGUUUCAAACGAUCUCCUAUUUUUGCAGAAAGUUAUUGGGAACUCCGUUAACGGUACAACUUAUGCUGGAAUGCGAGCCCGGACAACAGGUGCUCCACAGAAUCAUUGGUUUGGACCUGCUGGAGACCCUAGAGGUGCAGGAAUUGGAACCCCUGAAGCAAUAAAGCUUGUCUGGUCUUGUCACAGAGAAAUCAUAUACGAUGUUGGCCCCGUGCCUCAUCAAUGGCAAAUUCCACCAUCAACUUGAGUAACGAGUCACCAAGAUCUGAAUAGGAAGCGGAUAUCUGGAGAAUAAUUGAGAUCAGUCUAGUAGGUGGAUGGACUAUUAUCCAGCUUCUGGCGACGACUUGGAAAUAAACUAUUAGAUAAAGAACUUAUUAGAUGUUAGUACAGAGCAUUAGAAUGUCAACCUUGUUGAGCAUUUCUGUCACAUGCAGAACAGGAAGUUAUUCCACGAAAACAUUGGAGAGUAGUUUCAUAAGUUCACUGGUUUGUGUGGAACGGCCAAUCGACAAAUAAUUAUCAUUUCUGAAUAAAAAUACUCUUAUAGUGUUUGCAUAGACUACAAUGCAACGGAUUGACAAGUUAACUAUUUUCCUUUUUUCAUAGGCC